UGAUUAUAUUAUUUGUUAGAAGAGUUUUAUCUCUUGGAGUAACUUAUCUAAUUCGAAUCUAAAUUAGUUAAAAUCUUGUUUCCGAAUGUCAUCAAUAUGUCAACUUGCGAUUACGUACGUAUGAUUGUAUUAUGGUGGUGUUACAUAACAAAAAAAAAAAGAGUAUCAUUGUACCAAAACCAAAAUACCAAUAUGAGGUGGAAUAGUUGGUUCAUUCAUUUGAAGAGGAUGAGCUAGAAGCGCACAAACCAGCUUUGAAUAACGACCUCUUUUCUUUAUCCCCGUUGAAGACACCAAAAGGAAAAACUUUCAGAACUGUAGAAACACAAAAAAAAAAAUGUCUUCAGCUUCCACUUCUUCUGUUUUCAUCUCAUCUUCGAAUGCAAUCACAACUCAAACUCACAAUCAUCAUCUUACAAACGUUCUUAAUCUUUCAUUCCCGAGACCCAAGCUAGUGGCUGCUCGAUGCUUUUGUGGCUUCACUCCCAGGUCCUCCUCUCCGACCCUUUUCAAGAAACUCAACAGGGUUUUCUGCAGCACCCUUCCUUCUGUCUCCACGAACACGACCCAUUAUGAGUUUUCUGAUGGUGGCUCUGAGGUGGAGUUACGGUUAAAACUUGGGGAUGUAGAUAUUACUUCCAGAGAUGUAAUUGUGGACCCAAAGGAUGAUUCUCUAGCAAUCAAAGUACAGCUUGAUGGAUCUCUUCGAACUCUAAUGGAAACUAGUGUUCUCUAUGAGAAGAUCAAGCCAGCUGAAACAAUAUGGUACUUGCAUUCCAUAAAACUUGUUGCAGAAGUAACUUUAAUGCAGUGUUCAAUAGAAUGCAGUUUAACAUUAACCUGCAGGUACCUGGAUGAUGAUGAAUUGGUCGUUAACUUGAAGAAGCAAGACGGGGAAUUAUAUUGGCCUGACAUUGUUGAGUCCUGGGAGUCACUUACUGUGGGAGUUACACAACUUCUGAAAGGAACAUCUGUCUACCUGGUUGGAGAAUCAACUGAGAUAAACCAGAAGAUUUCUCGAGAGCUAGCAGUUGGCUUAGGGUAUACACCACUAGAUACAAAAGAGCUAAUGGAAGCAUUUACCAAGCAAACUAUAGAUUCAUGGGAAUCCACACAGGGCUCUGAUGCUGUGGCUGAAGUAGAAAGUGCUAUACUUGAGAACCUGAGCUGUCAUGCACGGACAGUUGUUGCAACAGUAGGAGGCAGACACGGUGCAGCUAGUAGAACUGAUAAUUGGAGGCACCUGUUUGCUGGAUUUACCGUUUGGUUGUCGCAAUCUGAAGCGACAGAUGAAGUUUCAGCCAGAGAUGAGGCAAAGAGGCACUUCCAAGAUGGUACUCGAGGCUAUUCUAAUGCAGAAGUGGUAGUCAAACUUGGAGGUUGGGAUACCAACUACUCAAAAACUGUAGCCCAGGCCACACUGAGCGCCCUUAAACGCUUAAUUCUGUCAGAUAAAGAACUUCCAGGUAAAAAGAGUUUGUAUGUUAGGUUAGGUUGUCGGGGAGACUGGCCAGAUAUUAAACCUCCUGGGUAUGACCCAUCAACAGCAAAUGAUGCAUAACCACUUCAACUGUAUGUAGUUCAUGGUAGACUGAAAGCCCCAACUGGACCAUCUGAAACCAAUUAUCCAACUUCUCUUAUGCCCCCUUUUACCUGUAUCUCUUAUGCCUUAGAAUGUUCAUAUAUCACAUAGAAAAUCAGAUGUUGUUUACUUGUAAAUUGUCGCAGAACCGAGUUGGUGAUUGGACUAUUGGGUUUUUCUUUCACGCUCAACCAAUGUUUUUAAGUCUCCACUUUGAUUUUUGUUUUCUAAUGAAAUUCUCACGUCUGAGAAUCAUGCUGUGGCAUGUCAUAUUAC